ACACUGAAGUACAAACAAAAUGUUUUUAAUAUAUUUGUCAAUCGUGUUCUACUCUUGUGAAAGAGCAGCUGUUCAGUAAAUCAUUCAUCUUUGUGAUAUAAAUGAGAGCGGGAUCAGACAGUCAGACGGUCCACAGACACUGACGUGAACAGAAAUGAAGCUGCUAUUCGUCGUCCUCCUCCUGGCUCCACUGUUGACCAGCUCCCAGCAGUUCUUCCUACCAGUGGACUGCAGUGACAUUCAUGAUAAUGACCAAAGCCAACCUAGCGGGGUGUUCACCAUCUAUCCCAUCGGAGCCACGUCUGCUGUAGAGGUGUACUGUGACAUGGACUCACAAGGAGGCCAGUGGACAGUGUUCCAGAGGAGGGUGGAUGGCUCUGUGAACUUCUACAGGCCCUGGGAUCAGUACAAGAUGGGCUUUGGUAACGCUGCUGGAGAGUACUGGCUUGGCCUUGAGAAUCUUUUUCAGCUGACUAUGAAGAAAAAGUAUGAGCUGUUGGUUGAAAUGGAGGACUUUGAGGGAAACAAAGUGUUCGCUCGUUACUCCUCGUUCUCCGUCGGCCCAGAGUCCCACGGAUACACACUGAAUGUAUCUGGAUUCACUAAUGGCGGGGCAGGAGACGCCCUGAGUGGUCACCAUGGACACAAGUUCUCCACCUUUGACAAAGACCAGGACACCUGGGGGAGCAACUGCGCCAGAAAGUUCCUGGGGGCGUUCUGGUACACAAACUGUCACAGCACAAACCCUAACGGGGUUUACCGCUGGGGAGCCGACAGCACUAUCUACGCUGUUGGAGUGGAAUGGCGACAGUGGAAGGGCCAUGACUACUCACUGAAGGCCAUCAGCAUGAAGAUCCGUCCUGUGUCAUAGUCCUCCAAGACCAGCACACAGCAGAGGAUCAGCUGCUGUUGUCCAGUACAUUAUCUCCCGUGACCUUGAGGUGGAAACAGACACAUGGACUCUGAUGACAUGUUGAUAAGCUCAACUGUCAGCACAGUUUAUAGCAUUUAAAUUCAGCUUUGCAGUGUUUUUGUAUCUAACAUGAUAAAGAUUACUGAUUGUUUGCAAUUCUGAAUUACAAUAAAGAUUGCCAGCUUGUUGCCACGGCGCGCUAACGUUAA